GUUCGAACCUCCAGGAUGUCUGAGAUGUUUUUUAAUUUUUUGGAGAACUUAACAAAACCCUUUAACCCUUUAACCCUAGCAACCAUACCCAUACCUUUUAUUUUUUUUCAUUCCCUUCCUCUCUCUCUCUCGUUCCCUGCCUCCUCUCCUCCAGAUGUCCGAUCGAUGCCGGUGCGCAAGGACGACGAGGUCCAGGUCGUGCGUGGGACCUAUAAGGGCCGCGAGGGCAAGGUCGUCCAGGUGUACCGCCGGAAGUUGGUCAUCCACAUCGAGCGGAUCACCCGAGAGAAGGUGAACGGGUCCACCGUCAAUGUCGGCAUCAACCCCUCCAAGGUCGUCAUCACCAAGCUCCGCCUCGACAAGGACCGCAAGUCUCUGCUGGACCGCAAGGCCAAGGGCCGCGCCGCCGCUGACAAGGACAAGGGCACCAAGUUCACCGCAGAGGAUAUCAUGCAGAACGUCGAUUGAUUUCGAUCGAUUUCAUUUGGGUUCGUGUUUUUGUUAUUGAAAUGAAAUUAGCGACUAUCAAGUUAAGCACUUUAGUUUUGAUUAUGCUUUAAUGGAUUUGGCGUUUAAUCUGA